CCAUUAAUUUUAUUUGUUUAACCGUCCUUGGACCAUUCAGUACAACAGUAUCGAGCAUGCCAGAAACAUUACAGAAAUAAUGUAUAAAACAUAAAGAUAGGGAGGCUAUGGUUGCUACCCUUUUUCUGGAUAGAUGUGACUUGUAUUCGACGGAUAUUCAAUAUUUUAUUGUUAAGAGAGAAUAUAACUCCGGUGUGAAUCCUGCAUAUAAUUCCUUAGGAAUUCAAUUGAAUUGUGGUGCCCUUUUCAUUUAUGGGUAGCAUCUUUCUUCAUAAACAUUCUAACGUCAAUAAAAGUUUACCAAAUCUUCAGGAAAAACUGUAAUUCUGUUCUAUAAAAAUAACCUCGAUUAAACACAAUUUUAAAUUACCAAACUACCGAUAAUUUAACAUUUUCAUUGUGAAGCUGAUAACUGACUGCGCGUUGAAUAAAAACGCGUUUGCCUGGGAAAUGCUUGUAGGCAAUAAUUAAGGACUUCUGCAGUAUGAAUUUAAUUCUACAUAGGAAUUGUAAAUCUAUUUUUCCUACAUUUAACAGACAACCGCCAUCAAAAGGUGACAGUGCGUAAAAAUUGCUGAAUCAUGUAAACAUAGUCACGUUGCAGGUGAAGAGUGAAAGUUAAAUGGGCAUAACGUUUUAGGUCAUAUGAAGUAAACCAGUAUAACUAAUCAGACACAUACGAAUAAAGUGUUCUUGACGACAUUUACAGAUUAAACGUUUCUGUAGAAAAGAAAUAUGUGUCAAAGGAAAGAAAAACGAAAAAGUAUACACAAAAAAUCAAUGAAGAUCUUCAAGAACACUGUGAUACCAUUAAUUGUGCAGUUGUUGGCACUAGUCCGUGUUAUCAUUGACCGAAUAAUAGAUUUCUGCUUUUCUCUGUAUUAUGAUGACACUAAGAAGAUAGCGGUGCCUGAAGCAAAAACUUCUCUUUUGAUGGAAAGUGCACUUUCCUUGGCGAAAAAAAUAAGGAACAAAGAAAUAACAUCUGAGGAAGUGGUUCGGUGUUUUGUGGAACGCAUACAGGAAGUGAAUCCAAUAUUAAAUGCUGUUGUGGAUACACGUUUUGAAGAAGCUCUCACUGAAGCUAAAGAAGUGGAUAAAAUUUUGUGUUCUGAAACUGCAAGUGAUGUUGAACAGAAUAAACCUUUUCUCGGUGUUCCUUUUACAACCAAAGACAGCACAGCAUGCAAAGGAUUGUUGCAUACAAUGGGCAUAGUGUCUCGCAGUGAUGUGAAGGCAACUGAAGAUGCUGAUGUAGUAGCAUUGAUGAAAAAUGCUGGUGCAAUAUUAUUGGCAGUUACAAGUGUGCCUGAAUUAAACUUAUGGUCUGAAACUCGUAAUAAUGUUAUUGGACAAACAAAAAACCCAUACGAUACGAGAAGAAGUGUUGGUGGAUCAUCUGGCGGUGAGGCAAGUCUCAUUGCUGCAGCUGCUUCUCCAGUAGGUAUAGGCACAGACAUUGGUGGUUCCAUUCGAAUUCCAGCAUGUUGUUGUGGUAUUUUCGGUCAUAAGCCAACAACGGGCUUAACACCAUUGAAAGGGCUAACAUUUAGAACUGGAGAAGAAGGCCAGACAAUGGUUACAGCAGGACCUAUGACAAAAUAUGCGUGUGACUUGAAACCAUUUCUUAAAGUACUUUUAGGUGGCAAUGUAAGCAGGCUAAGACUGGAUUUGAAGGUAAACCUGAAAGAUCUGAAAGUCAUGUACAUGGAAGAACUAAAUGAUCCCCGUACAAGCUUUGUGACAGAAGACAUCAGAGUGGCAUUGCAGAGAGCCACUGAUUAUUUUCAGGAGAUCUCACACACUAUUGAAAAGGUCAAAUUUGCCCACAUGAAGUACAGUUUUAAGUUGUGGAAAUAUUGGAUGAGUAGAGAACCUACCAACUUUGCAGCAGAUCUGGCAAACAGAAAGGGUUCGUUAUCACCAUGGAUUGAACUACCAAAGAAGUUAUGUGGCUGUAGUCAGUUUACAUUGGCUGCAAUAAUUGGGCUUGUGAACAGUCGGUUGCCUCCUGUAAAUAAGAAAUGGGCUGAAACAGUUACUGCAGAACUGAAAGAGGAAGUGUGUGAAGUUCUUGGUGAGAAUGGUAUCCUGCUGAUUCCUAGCCAACCAACAACUGCUGGAUUUCAUUACACAGCAUUUUUGCGACCUUUCAACUUCAUGUACUGUGGGAUAUUCAAUGUUCUGAAACUUCCAGUGACACAGGUACCAGUGGGACUAGGGAGAGAUGGAUUGCCAAUUGGCAUACAGGUAGUGGCUGCACCAUACAACGAUCAUCUGUGCCUUGCGGUUGCUGAGGAAUUGGAAAAAGCAUUUCAUGGUUGGGUUCCCCCAUUCCCAACCAAGCCAUAAAUGUGAGAAACGCACCAUAAUCAUGGUCAAGUUUCUUCUGUCAACUUAUGAACGACUGUAUUCAUGUUGUAUAUUGGUAUGCAGAUUGUUAAUUUAGUAAUGUGAUCAGUUGUGGAACAGGUAUUACAAACUGCAUUUUAUGCGAGUUGGAGCUCAUGUAUCUUUAUCGGUAUUAAUGGUAAGGUUUAUUUAAAUUUCCACAUUGAAAAAUGUUUACACAUUAUGGAAGGAGAAACUUAACAAUCAAUAAGAGAUUGAUUUUUAUAUCUGCUUCAUUUUUUAAAUAUAAAUACAUAUGCAGUGGAUAAUAAUGUAAUCCAUUACAAAUUUAUAAGCACAAAAAUAACUUGAUAUAAAUGAAACUGUCCCUCUUAUUAUGCUGUAUUGGACAGGUUUUAUGGCUUUGUCCUUCACGUGGAAGCAUUACAACAGAAACUUAAUCACUGAAAAUAUAAUGAAGUGAUAUAAGAGGUUUUCAAAAAAAAAGUAGAGACAGUUGUUUCACUUUUUUUUACAAUAUAUGAAAAUUAUUCUUACUAUGUUAGAUUAUUGUAUUAAAGUUUUUCAAAUAUAAAUGUUAAUUAUUUUUGUA